GAUUUAAUGCCGUACUACGUCCACAGACGUGCGUUCGUCUUUGACGUCAGUUGGAGUACAAGCGGAGCGGAGCGGCGCUGCGCACAAGCCCGGCCAGCAGCAGCUCAUCUCUCUCGGAGGCAAGGAGCGCACAACCCCGGGCACAGAUAACCAUUUAGCUGUAGUGUGGCGAAUCCCAUCAGUGCGACAGGAUGCCUCUAGGAGAGGACGGCAAUGGGUGGAAGAAGAAGACAUCCGACAUUAAAGAACAUUAUGACUUCAAAGAAGUGCUCGGGACGGGAGCUUUCUCUGAGGUGCUUCUCGCUGAGGAAAGGAGGACCCAGAGGCUGGUGGCCAUCAAAUGCAUACCCAAGAAAGCUCUGGAAGGCAAAGAGAACAAUGUAGAGAAUGAGAUUGCAGUACUGCACAGAAUCAAGCACGCCAACAUCGUUUCGCUGGAGGACAUCUUCGAAAGCACGUCUCAUCUGUACCUCGUCAUGCAGCUUGUAUCAGGGGGUGAGCUGUUUGACAGGAUUGUGGAGAAAGGAUUCUACACGGAAAGAGAUGCCAGCCAGCUCAUCCACCAGAUCUUAGAUGCCGUCAAAUAUCUCCAUGAUAUGGGGAUUGUGCACAGAGACCUGAAGCCAGAGAAUUUGCUGUAUUAUAGCAUGGAUGAAGACUCGAAGAUCAUGAUCAGUGAUUUCGGCCUGUCCAAGAUCGAGGGAGCAGGCAGCGUUAUGUCCACUGCCUGUGGGACUCCCGGAUAUGUGGCUCCCGAGGUGCUCGCCCAGAAGCCAUACAGCAAAGCAGUCGAUUGCUGGUCCAUAGGAGUCAUUUCUUAUAUUUUACUUUGCGGGUAUCCUCCAUUCUAUGACGAGAAUGACGCCAAGUUGUUUGAACAGAUCCUGAAAGCGGAGUAUGAAUUUGACUCUCCAUACUGGGACGAUAUCUCUGAUUCAGCCAAAGACUUCAUCUGCCACAUGAUGGAGAAAGAUCCUUCCAAAAGAUACACGUGUGAACAGGCCCUACAGCACCCAUGGAUUUGUGGAGACACCGCUCUUGACAAGAACAUCCAUGAAUCUGUCAGUGCUCAAAUCAAGAAGAACUUUGCCAAAAGCAAGUGGAAGCAAGCGUUUAAUGCCACGGCGGUGGUGCGCCACAUGCGUAGGUUGCAACUGGGGACCAGCGUGGAGGGACCCAGCCAAAUCACCCCUACCAGCCCCUGCCAUGGACUCCUGCUGCCUGAGGAGGAGGAGGAAGAUGAGUUAGGAAAUGGCGAGAAUGAGAGCUUGUCCCACUUCAGUGAUGACCGCCGCGGAAGCGCUGAGGGCAGCACGGACCGGGACAGCCUGAGGAGCUGUACUUACUGCUGCAGGCCAGCCAGUCGCAUCUGAGCACAACCUCACAGAUUAUUAUUAUUUUUUUAAUUCAUUUGUUUCCUCUAAAUGAUUACUUCAUGAGCCUCUGAAGCACACAAAGAGCAACUGUCCACCCAGUCUGGCCAGAAAUGCAGAGUAGGGAUCAGCUGACAGUGUCUACUACCAUUUUAAGAAUUGUCCUGAAAUAGUCCACAAAUGACAAUGUCAUGUGUGUCCUUAAAUUAGUUGUCACAUUUACCUCACGUUGCAAUGGACCUAUCGCAAAGCCCCGCCCCCUUGUAAAACUCGGUCAAACCAAGGCUCCGUCAAAUUCUCUGUGACAGUGAUUGAGUGAAGAAACGAUGUAUGGAUGAUAGGGGGAGUUCAAAAUUUCUGAAUUUGCACUACCACCCACCUGUUUUAUUUUAAAAUAUAAUGUUCUUUUUUUUUCUUAAAUAAUGAAUUUCAUCUAGAAGCAGACACAGAGGGUUGCAGUAGGCAGUGGAGCGGUACGUAUGUACUUGGUAUUAAACUUUACAGCAAGGACACCAUUAUUGUAAUCGAGAUUAAAUGCUACAACUUAAAAUGAGAAAGCCCACAGGCCUAAUAUCUACAGUAUAACGUUAGCUACUUAGUAAUGAUAUGUCACGUGUCCUGUCAGAUUUUUCUCCUGAAGCUUUUGUGGCGAUGAAUAAGCAGUUUUUUACAUUCAGUUGGAUUGUCAAUAUUAUCCAGAGGUGCUAAAUAAACAACUUACAGUGUAUCACAAAAGUGAAUACACCCAUCGCAUUUCUGCAGAUAUUUAAGUAUAUGUUUUUAUGGGACAACACUGACAAAAUGACUUUUUGACAC